AUGGCGGACGUACUACAGACCCAUCCCUACACCUGCAACUCAUGUGCAGUGGCCUUUCGCAAUAGCGAUGCUCAACGAACGCACAUGCGAUCCGACUGGCACCGCUACAACCUCAAGCGAAAAGUAGCAGACCUACCACCAGUCUCCUCGGACGACUUCAAUCAGAAGGUGAUUACCGCACAAGCCAGCACAACUGCAGCUAAAGAGCAAGCCUCGUACACAAAAUCCUGCACGAUUUGCCGCAAGACGUACUACAGUGAGAAUGCUUUUCAGAGUCACAUAUCCAGUAAGGCACACAGACAGCGAGCUUCUGCAGCUGGUGCUAAGUCGCCCUCUUUGGCCCCAUCCCGUGACACGAAUGGGGAAGAACCAAUCUCACCCGAGGCAGAAGCCGAGUUCGAGGACGUAGUGGCAGGGAUGAAAAAGACAAACUUGGUGGACGAUGUUGUACCCAGAAGAACAUUUGCACCGCCUCCAGGAGUUGAUCGUGCAGAACAUCCUCUUUCACCUCCAAAAGUUGUGCCUACAACCGCCUCCGCUUCACGAUGCCUAUUCUGCAAUUAUGACUCUCCAACUGUCAAAUUGAGUGUUGACCACAUGACCAAGAUUCACGGCCUAUUCGUUCCGGAACAGAACUAUUUGGUGGAUCUCGAGGGGUUGGUCUCGUAUCUGCAAGCAAAGAUUCACGAGAAUCACGAAUGUAUCAGCUGCCACAAGCUGAAGAAUAGUGCUGCAGCGGUCCAGACACACAUGCGGGACAAGGGACAUUGCAUGAUUGCUUUUGAGGAGGAAGAAGAGAUGAUCGAGAUCGGUCAAUUCUACGACUUCUCUAGCACAUACUCGGACGAAGAGGAGGACAUGUCAGAAGCGGAUGGUGCGAAGGUCGAUGGCGAAGAUGCGGGUUGGGAAACUGAUUCAGACGUGUCUUCUGUGGCAUCAGAGGAAAUCACAGCUAUUCCUAACGAUGACCGGACUGAUGCGUACCAGCGAAUGAAGCUCAACAGACAUCACUCCAAUACAGUAGAACGACCACACAAGAACAUCGACGGUUUCCACUCGCAUGCCCAUAACCACAACAACGCGGUAUUCUACGACGAGCACGAAAUGCACCUGCCCUCGGGUCGAAUAGCAGGUCACAGAUCUAUGAACAAGUACUACAGGCAAAACUUGCACAACUAUCCUUCCCAAGCUGAGCGUAUGGCUAGAACACAACAACUGCUCCGAGACGGUCCACCGACAACUUCUGACGAGGAUAGUGAUGAAGAAAUGCAGGAUGUAGAGGGACAAAUCACUCCGCCUACACCGCCUAAGAGUCAGUCUUUGAUGAGAAGAGGCGAGGCAGGUAUGUUGGGUGUCACAGAAGUCAAGAAGCAGCAGGUCAAGAAAGCAGAACAAAAGUCGAGGACAAGAGCACAGAGAGAUCAGAACCGAUAUCAGGCCAGGUUGGAAAAGCAGAACAACAGUCAGAAGCAUUUCAGAGAUCCUCUUCUGCAGUAG